AUGUCUGCAGUCUGCAAAUGGAUAAGUGGUCUCUGUAUAUGGGAAAAUCACAAAAAAAUUCAACAUCAAGUACAUCCAGAUCAACAGACGUUUGAGGCCAUUAUAAUAUGGAGAGAAAAAGCCAAGCAAAGCACUGGUGGUGUGGCCUAUGAUGUUAUCUUGAAGCCAGCAUCAUCAGAUCUGACUAUAAAACCAGGUUCUCCUCCUAAGGAGCAGCGUGCUAUCACUCAAGAAGCUAUUGCUGACAAGUUAAAGAAAGCCCAAGAGAGGAGAGAGUCUAUAGAAACCCAGAAACUGGAACAACUUCAGAAAGAUAGAGAACGAGCACAACAAGUCCUGCAAAAGGCCCAGGAAGAAAAUACUACUUUUUCCAAAUCAACACAAGAAAAACUACGUAGGAGUUUGGAAUUAAAUAAGGAAAACAGACAAGCUCAAAUUAAGGCAUUACAAGAACGUCUUCGAGAACAUCGUAAGAAGGUAGCUGAAGUAUGCAAGAAUAGUGAGUCCGUGUCCAAAGACCUGGAAGAAAAGAUAAAUCAAAAGUUUGAGAAGUAUGAUCAGAACAGGAGAGCCCAGAUGCAAUCUUUGCUUGAACGUCUCAGGGAGCACGACAAUCAUAUUAAAGAGGUAAACAAUGCUUGUGAGACUAUGUACAAAGCUUCAGGGGAGAAGAUUGGUGAGAAAGUAUUACAGAAAAUGGAAACAGCUGUCAAGAACAGAGAGGGAGUGAUUAAAGCUAUUCAAGAUCGUCUUCUGGAACAUGAAAAGCGUAUUGAAGAAGUCCGUAAAAACAAGCUGUCUGUCCAUGAUGAUGAUGAUGAUGAUGAUUACAAUUACGAUGAUCAAAAUGAUAAUGAAGAGAGUGCGGCUCCCAGCAGUUAA